GAGCCCCUCCCACCCCUGUCUCUGCCAGACGACCGCACUCCCAGUGUAUUUCCGCAGUCUGUAGCGGCUUAUCACCGGUAGUGUACACCAGGCAUGGCAGACGGCUGCUACUCAUCAUGGCCGUACGACACUAUACUCUCGACUUCAGCCUCUCUGCGCCAGCUGACUCUUCCACGACUGUGCGUGGAUUGCAGUCAAUUUUUCAGGAACAAGAAAUGACAGAAACCAUUCACAACACAGAAGGCCAUGGCUACUUGGCAACCUUCAUUGGCAAGAAUGGCAGGUUUGUUGUUCUACGGAUCCACAAGCAUGGGCUGGUGACAAUUGACCUGCAGUGCUAUGAAGCAGACAACCUCAUGCAAGUAGACCAUCUGUUGAAUGCACUGGAAAAGAAGCUGAAAACACUUCUACACAAGAAUAUCAGGAGGAUUAAAAGGCUCCCGGCACUGCAGCGGGGGGCCAAGGUGGACAGGUACUGGCCCACAGCCGAUGGCAGACUGGUGGAGUAUGAUAUCGACGAGGUUGUGUAUGAGGAGGACUCAGUCUAUCAGAACAUUAAGAUCCUGCAUUCGGCGCAGUUUGGGAACAUCCUCAUCCUCAAUGGAGACGUUAACCUAGCAGAGAGUGACCUGCCCUACACGCAGGCCAUCAUGGGCAGUGGGAAGGAGCAGUACACAGGGAAGGAGGUGCUAAUUCUAGGGGGAGGUGAUGGGGGCAUUCUCUGUGAGGCUGUCAAGCUUAAGCCAAAGAUGAUCACCAUGGUGGAGAUUGACCAGCUGGUGAUUGAUGGGUGUCGAAAGCACAUGAGGAAGACUUGCGGAAAUGUCUUGGACAAUCUGAAAGGAGACUGCUAUGAGGUGUUAGUAGAGGACUGCGUCCCUGUGCUGAAGAAGUUUGUUGAAGAGGGGAAGAAUUUCGAUUACGUCAUCAAUGACCUUACUGCAGUCCCCAUCUCCACAGCACCAGAGGAAGAUUCCACCUGGGAAUUCCUGCGUCUGAUUCUGGACCUGUCAAUCAAAGUUUUACGACCCAGUGGGAAAUACUUUACACAGGGAAACUGCGCGAACCUGACCGCGGCAUUAAGUCAGUAUGAGGAGCUGCUGGAGAAACUCAGCUGUCCUGUAGAUUUCUCCAAAGAGGUUGUAUGUGUUCCAUCGUACAUGGAGUUGUGGGUUUUCUAUACAAUCUGGAAGAAGUAAAAUCCUCUUGUGUUUCUCAAACCCAGGCUUCUCCCUGUAUGAUGGCACAGCACUGACGAGAAACACCGCUGUUUUUACUGUCCCUUUUGUGUUGAACCUGCUUUUUUAACAUCUACUGUUUUACUUUGUGCUGGAAGUUGAAAAAAGAAUGUAUUUUGUUUGAGUUUGGUUUGGGCAAUGUUUUUGAGUGCCUCUGGGGGGCACUGGCUGGCAGAAUGGAGUGGAAGCUGCUUGAUACACUGAUGGAGAGUGACUCAGCAUUUUUGCACAGAGCAGGCUCAGCCAAACUCCUGCUUCUGUGGAUUUCUUUAUAGUUCAUCUUUUAGACUGAAGCACCCAUAGGACCAGUUUUUUCAAUUUUAAUCUAUUGUAUUGUUUUUUUGGUAGUUUUAAUUGGUCUUUUUCUUCUGUAAGUUCUUUCUUCUGUAACAUUUGCUUGAAUGUGAUUUGAUAUGUGGUGCUUCCUGAGGAUGACCAGCAAUGGUGAUGCAUUCUGGGAUUUCCAGGGAUUCAGGACCUGCACUGACCCCACCCACUGCAGUUGAUGUGUUGUAUGUGGUUUAAAAGGGAAAUGGGUCCUUUUGCCUUUAGUUUUGUGCUUUUAUUUUUAUUUGUUUGCUGAACUGUGAAGACUGUUAUAUAAUCAAGCUUCUCCUUAGUGUUCCCUUGCUGGUUUUUGUCCCUCCACACCUUUGUCUCCUUUGAGUUCAGUGCAUUUCUGUGAAAUUUUUCGAUGCACAUGCUGGAAAUUCAAGGUUUGACUGUAUGUAGCAUGCACAUACAUAUACAUAUGCACAUGUUCCCCGAUGAGGUGAUUUGUUGAAGUUUAUUUAUUAAAUUUUACAAAUACCGAUUAGCGGGGUGCUGUGGUUUUCUGUACUUUAUUUCCUUUAAAAAAAACAAGACCUGCUGUGCAGAGGAGUUCUUUUGUACCUGUCACUAUUUGAUGCUCAAGUGUGAAUGUGCUGCAUUUAUGGUAUGUUCAUGUUCUUGAAACGCUUAUGGUAUGUUCAUGUUUCUGCCCUCUGAAUUACAUCCACAGCCUUGGAUGUAUUUUUCUUUAAAAAUAUGUUCGUUCUUUUGGGUAAGUUUGACAGAAUUCAGAUGUGCGCACGUUCUUCAGUUCCUGUACUCCUGGGCCUUCACUGCGAUGCAGCACAGCAAGCCCCUUGCGUAUUUACAUGGGCUCCGUUUUUCUUCUGCAGUGCGUCUUUGCAGUUCAGUUUUCUGAGGCAUAAGUUGUGCUUACUAAUUCUGAAAUAAGUAGCAAUUUCAUUGUUGAUAUUAUGUUGAUAUGUUCUUUUUUUGUCCACAUUUAGUUGAGCUUCUAUGAUAUGGAAAUCACUUCUCCUUCAAUGUUUCUGCUGCUUGCUAAAUUGUUGGUUCUCAACGAGCACAGGUGGGAACUAGGAACACAUCUGUAAAAACUGAAAUUCUGUUAUCACCAGUUCCACUACUGCUCCAUAAUGCAUUUGCUUCUGGUGGGCCUGAUCUACUCGCAAUUUAGUACGAGUACUGUCAGAUUAGUUCAACUAGAGUUCAGUGACAGGCAUUGUGUGUCCAUAAUAUGUGGUAUAGCCCUGUCAUAAGCAUUUAGUUUUAUUUAACCAAUGCCAUUUGUCCUGAGAAGUGCUCUUGUAUGGCUUAUGAGGAAGGUUAUUUCUGCUCAACCACCACAGACAGGAUCUUUUCUGAGACGUGUACACCUGGCUUGCUUUGCAGGGGGGAAUUUGAGAACUGGCAAGUUCGGAGGCCAGCGCAGUACUAAAGAUUAGGGUUUGGGAGUAUAUGUAUUAUUUUUCCCAAGUAGCAUUCCCACAUUUGAUCCAUGGAAAGGCAACAGAAUGUACGGAGUCUUCUCAGGGCCUGCUCUGAGAAAAAACGAGACUCUGGCUUUUGUUUGUCUGCCAUUUGUUCUUACACGCUGUUAAGAGCGGUAAGUAAUGUCUGCCCUUGGAACAUGAAAUGCUAUUUACCACCACUUUUAUCUUGUUAGACAGGAGGGACUGAACAGUAAACAGCCUUCAGGGAGGAAGUUUCACAAUCGAGUUUAGAGGCUUUUUGCGAUAAUGUCUCUGAAGGACACUGUCGUAACAUGGUUGCUAUUUCCUGUCUGCAGAAAACAGGCUUGUGCCUUGUGGAGCAUUUCAGGGCAAAGCGGGCUCGCUUUAGUCGGGAAUAAAAACUGGGGCCAGGACCAGGGUUCAUCUGUUCACCAGUAAUAACACACAGCAGAGAAUUUUGUGGAUUUUUAUUUAUUUAUUUUUUGUAGAAAAAACCCAGCGUUCAGUGUGAUAUGUGACAGUUACAAAGUAAUUGUCUGCAAGAGACCAUCCCACUGUUAGAAAUAUAAUUGUGAUUAAACAUGCUUUUCCUGAUCUCAUUUGGGUAGAAAUGCCACACAAAAUGGAACUGUGUGACUUAUGUCCUACAAUGAGGAUGAAACAAGUAAAUAGGCACUGUUGCAUAUGUUUUGCAUGGCAGUCAUUCAGGUUUAAAAACAAUAACCAAAAAAGGCUAUCAACAGCCCCAGCAAAAGUCCAGCAUUUCCAAAAUGGGACAUUGUCUGCCAGAGAAAUGUGUAGCUGUCCCAUGAUUGGCUGUGCCUGGUGGUAAGUGCUUCUGUGGAAGGGGUGAAAGAUACCCAACAUAGAUGCUGGAAUAUUUUUGGUUUGGUGUGGUCUGGUUGGUUUUAAUUCCUCUUGCCUCACAUUCACUCUGUGGAAAAGCAAUAUGAGCUGUAGUCCUUCAUUAGAACAUACUUACAGAUCACAAAUGGUGAAGGUUUGUCAUUUCAGUCUGUGAAGGUUGUAAACAAAGAAAUCACAGACAAAGGAUGUGCAUUUUCUAAAUAUAUGUAGAAUUUAAAAGCCUGAAUGGAUCUGAACCGAUUCUUAAUAAGGUCUACUAGUUGUUACUGUUAAACAUUUAACUGCCCCCACGUGCUGUUCUCUUAUCAAAUGAUAAAGUAUGUUCCUUCAAAACAACCAAUUAAAACGUAUUCCUACCAAUAA